AACCACGUGCUUUCUACAAAGCGGAGUUGAUGCAUAGAAUAUCAUUCGAUUCGUUAAGAUAAAAGCUGCAAGUUAUUUUUAUAUUAUUAUAUAAUGAUCACGAUAGAGGAUUUAUCUAACGAAAUUAUAUUAAGUAUUCUGGAAAACGAAACUAUUAGCUUGAGGGACGUUGAGAAUUUUAGUUCCACGUGCAAGAGAUUUGAGUGGAUGUCCCAUUAUAAAACUCUCUGGAAGAAAAAAUAUGCUCAGAAAUGGCCUACUGCACAGAUAUUUUGUAAAGACACAAUGGGCAUUGAAUUUAAUGACUUAAAUAUUGAAGAUUUUAAAGAGAGUAUGAAAUGUGCGGAAAACUUUUGGCUUGAUCUGCCUCGUAUGUCUCACUUGAAUUAUUAUCAUAGAUUACUCGAAGAAGAUAUUAAAAAAUCUUUCUAUAUGCAUGCAGAAAAGCACCCUCUAAAUUUGUUGAUUUUAAGUGAUGAACUUACUAGAAACAUAUAUCAACAAAAUCCACGCCAAUGCAAUUUAACAGAAACAUACUACAGCAUAAGAAUAUUUCGAUAUCUGUAUGAAGAUAUUCAUUUUUUACAUAAAAAAAAAAUUGUAGAAAAAUACAAUCAUAUGGAGCGUUUGGAAGAUUUAAUUGUUCUAAUAUUACAAUAUUGUCAUCCCAAUACGGGUAUUACUAUGUUGUAUAUAGAUAAAUUCAUAGACAAUAUCGUGCAAGAAGUAUUAAAGUUGUUGAAAGAUGAAUAUCUCCAGCAUCCAAUAUUGUCCAUGCCACCUGAACAAUUAUCCAUUUGGAGAAAUAAUCAUAUUAAUAAGAAUUUUUGGUGCGAAAAAGACGCCAUGUCGAUUAAGGAUACUAAAGAAGACACAUUAUAUUAUAAACAAACGUUGUGGUUGGCAAUAUAUAUCUGCGUUGCAAAUAAAUUGGGUUUACAUGUUAUAACAACAAAACACGAUAUAGACGAUAAUUAUACUAGACAUACACAUUUGCUUUGGCAAUCCAGAAAUUGUACAGAAAAUACAGAAUGUUUCACGUUUGAAUGGACAGAUAAUUCAGAUAAUGCAAAGAUUUCUAACAUAAGAAAAUGCCAACGAGUGUCGCCUCAAGAUGAAUACAGAGAAACACGUAUCCCGUCAAUAUCGGUUGAAAGAACCAUUCGUGAUAUAUAUGAUUUGUGGAAAUAUGGCCGCUUUUCCUUUGACAAUAUCAAUUAUGGAGUAACAUCAAUAGAUUUAUAUAAUGAGGAAAUAUGUACUCCAGAUGAAACGUUUCGGAAAAAAAGAUCGCCUAAUCUAAAAUAUGCGAUUGGAUUGAUAGUUACACACAAGCAUAAAAUGGAAGAUAAUACACAAAAAGAUGUUGCUGGAGUCAUUAUUGGGUGGCACAACGAAUGCCACAUUGAACGCUUUGUACAUAAGGAAACAUAUUGUAUUCUGAAUGAUAUUGAAAGGGAAUGUAUACCGAAAAAUAACAUUGAUAAUUGGAAAUCGCAACCGCACUACGUUUUGUUAAUCGAGAAUGAUCUGUGUUACGUUCCACAAUGUGCUAUAACAUCGGUAUGCAAAGAAUGGAUAAAUAAUUCAGAAACUGGAAAAUAUUUCUGUAAAUUUGAAGAUACACAUUAUGUGCCAAAUAACAUGCUAGAACAGGAUUAUCCAGACGAUGCCGCAGUCGUUCGCGACAUAUUAUUGCGUAAUCGAAAAUUAUAAUAUUUUGAGUGGUGCAGAAAUGUGUGUCUGCUCUUUUUUAGUUCGGAUUGAAAUUCAAAAGAUAUAAUGUAUAUAGAUUUUACGGAAAACAAUAACAAAUCAUCGUAAAUAUCUUGCAAAAGAGAGAAUAUCCUUCUAAAAUAGCGCGCAUAAGAAGUUCAUGU